AUGUGGUUCGAUUCACAGCAAGAAAAAUCAGUCGGACAGACAGCAGCAGCAGCAGCAGCAGCAGCAGCAGCAGCAGCAGCAGCAGCAGCAGCAGGAGGAGGAGGAGGAGGAGGAGGAGGAGGAGGAGGAGGAGGAGGAGGAGGAGGAGGAGGAGGAGGAGGAGGAGGAGGAGGAGGAGGAGGAGGAGGACGAGGAGGAGGACGAGGAGGAGGAGGAGGAGGAGGAGGAGGAGGAGGAGGAGGAGGAGGAGGAGGAGGAGGACGAGGAGGAGGACGAGGAGGAGGAGGAGGAGGAGGAGGAGGAGGAGGAGGACGAGGAGGAGGAGGAGGAGGAGGAGGAGAGGAGGAGGAGGAGGAGGAGGAGGAGGAGGAGGAGGAGGAGGAGGAGGAGGAGGAGGAGGAGGACGAGGAGGAGGAGGAGGAGGAGGAGGAGGAGGACGAGGAGGAGGAGGAGGAGGAGGAGGAGGAGAGGAGGAGGAGGAGGAGGAGGAGGAGGAGGAGGAGGAGGAGGAGGAGGAGGAGGAGGGAGGAGGAGGAGGAGAGGAGCAGGGGGUCACAGCAAGGGCAGCAGAGGGCGUUACAGGAAGGCAGAGCAAAAGCAGGCCUUACAGUGCGUGUAGGUUAA